GUGACGCUUGACACAUAGAAGCCGGAGCCGAGGGGAAUGGUGUUUUGUUUCUUUUUUCUUUUAGUUUAAACCUGGAGUCGUUAUUCUUUAGUAACUAUCAUUUUCAUUCUUUAUUUGAUAAAACUAGGUUUUUUCUCCUUCGUUAGGUCUUUGUUUAGCAAGCUAACGUUACGUUUCCUCCCACGCGGUGCUGUUUUUGACAGUCGGGGUCGAGAUCAGAUAGCUAGUUAGCCACUAGCUUGCUAGCCAGCUGCCAGCUCUCGAUAUCUUGCGUUUUUGUCAUCCGAUUCAGCUAGCUAGGUAGUCAGAUAAAAGAAUAAUUUGUCGCUAAGUUAAGUUGCCGAAUUCAGACAAUACAGCUAACUACCAGUCGCAGUGUUUGCCGCUAGCUGGCUUGGGUUAGCUAGGUAACUAGCUUGCCAGCAUUUUAAGUGUAGCAAGCUAGUUUAGAUCGCCAAACACCUAGCUAGCUAUAAAGCUUGCAAAGUGUCGUCGUUGCAAAAUAAACAUUUUGUGUUGCAAUAGCUAGCUAACUAACUGGCUAGCUUGAUACCACAUCUGUUAGCUAGCUGUCGUCGAGCCAAAGGACGUGAAACCAGCUCGGGAAAUCGGCACUUUUGGUGUCUUGACUGAAUGAAAACGCAUUCAAACGGAGUUCUGCCGUGAGGUCCCGCACGAUGUUGGAGGAGUGAGACGUGGAGCGUUUCCUGACUGCUCUCUGCUGCUGCUGCUGCUGCCACCCUGGUGCUUCUCGCCUGCUAUGGAAUGCCCUCACCUUGCGACCCGCCCCACUCGCCCACUGUAGGAUCUCCUUCUGUUCCUAUCCAGCGCAGGGAAUCGGUCCAGCACAGUUGAUUUCAACUCCAGCAGCUUACCCGGGUUCUCGCCCCGCCCUCACCCCCCUGCCCCGCCCUCCCUCCCGCCCCUCGAGAAGAUGUCGAUAAACUGCGCCCCGGACAUCCUGAAGGAGGGUGAGAGCGGACUGCUGAAUGAAUCUGUGGGCGGCAGAGGCAAGGCCAGCCAGCAGCCCCCCAGCAAGGAGGGCACCGGAGAGGGCAUGGAAGGGGAGGAGACCACCACGCACGACUCCCAGCGACGGACCCAGAACCACGGACAUGGAAGGAAAAGGGCCAAGUCCAACGCCAAGCUGAAGCUGGUCCGGAGCCUGGCAGUGUGCGAGGAAUCAUCGGGCCCCUUCUCGUCUGACGGACCCACAGAACCGCACACACAGGACAUCAUCCAGCUUCACAUUAGCUGCCCUUCGGACAAGGAAGAGGAGAAGUCCUCCAAAGAUGAGUACGAGAAUGAGGAGAAGGAGAAGAACAAGGAUAAGACUCCACGGAAGAUGCUGUCUCGUGACUCCAGCCAGGAAUACACUGACUCUACUGGUAUCGAUGUGCACGAGUUCUUGGUCAACACACUGAAAAAUAACCCCAGGGAUCGAAUGAUGCUGCUCAAACUGGAACAAGAUAUCCUGGAGUUCAUUAAUGAUGACAAUAACCAAUAUAAGAAGUUCCCGCAGAUGACCUCAUACCAUCGCAUGCUGCUGCACCGCGUGGCAGCGUACUUCGGCAUGGACCACAACGUAGACCAGACGGGCAAAGCCGUCAUCAUCAACAAGACUGGCAACACGCGCAUCCCAGAGCAGAGGUUCUCGGAGCACAUCAAAGACGAGCGCAACAUGGACUUCCAGAAGAAGUUCAUUCUGAAGAGGGACGAUGCCAGCAUGGACAAGGAUGACAACCAGAUCCGUGUGCCGCUGCAGGACGGGCGGCGUAGCAAGUCCAUCGAGGAGCGGGAGGAGGAGUACCAGCGGGUUCGAGACAGGAUCUUUGCCCGUGAAUCCUCUCAGAAUGGAUACAUCAAUGACAACAGACUUUCCACUGACGGCUAUUCCUCUAGCUCCCAAAAGAGGAGGCAGAUCUUUAGGGGGAACCGGGAGAGCUCCAGCCGGGCCUCCAGCAGCCGCCAGAGCAGCACGGACAGUGAGAUGAAGUGCCUGGAGCCGCGGCCCUGGAGCAGCACCGACUCGGACAGCUCCAACCGCACGCUGCGGCCGCCCGUCACCAAGGCCAGCAGCUUCUCGGGCAUCUCCAUCCUCACCCGCGGGGACAGCCUGGGCAGCAAGGGCUCGCAGGGCAGCUGCCGCGGCUCUCGCUCCGGUCUUCCCGUGGCAGUCCCGGACCUGUGCCCCCAGCCCCCCGCCCCCCAGCCGGGCCGGAGCCUGCUUCCCUGCCCCUCCAACACCCAGCAACCCCCUCAGGGCCAGCAGCCACAGCCACCCCCACAGACUGCCCUGCUGCCCACCCCGCCCCAGCAUCCCAUGGGCAACCACAUGCUGGGUCAACCGGUGGCGUCUCUACAGCCCUCCCCGCAGGCUGUGUCCUACUCCAGCCCCUCCUGUCCCCAGGUCCUCCUGCCCGUCUCUCCUCCCCAGCAGUACAAUAUGACGGAUGACCUGGCGCCUCAGUUCGGCCAGAUGACCCUGAGCCGGCAGGGGUCGAGCGAGGCUCCGGAGCCCCCCUCCAUGUAUCAGCCCCCUCCUACCGUCCUCUCCCAGCACCCUCCACCUCAGACGGGCUACAUCAUGGCCCCCGGGGGCCAGCCCAUGCCCCCUCCCUCCGGGUACCAGCCUGCCUCCGGACACCCCCAUCCCCCGCCCCCUCCGCCGCCUCCGUCCCAGCCUGUCAUGCAGCCUCCGCCCCCUCCACAGGGGUACAUGCAGCCCCCUCCUCCACAGCAGAUCCAGGUGUCGUAUUACCCCCCUGGGCAGUAUCCCAGCUCAGGGCAGCAGUACCGGCCCAUGUCUCACCAGGUGUCUUACACUGCUCAACGCUCUCAGCCCCUGCCCCAGCCCGCACAGCAGUCUGCAGGUCUUCAGACGAUGAUGCCCAGUCAGCAGCCAGCGUACCAGGGCAUGAUGGGAGUGCAACAGCCGCAGAAUCCAGGCCUUCUCAACUCCCAGCGGGCUGGAAUGGGCGGACAGAUGCAAAGCAUGAUGGUCCAGUACCCGCCGAUGCCCUCCUAUCAGGUGCCAGUGGCGAACGAGUCCCAGCAGGUGGUUCAGCAGCAGUUCCAGCAGCCCGUGAUGGUGCCGGCCAGCCAGUCUGUGCAGGGAGGGCUGGCGGGAGGAGGCAUGCCCGUCUACUACAGCGUACUGACCCCCACUCAGCAGAACAGCACAAGUCCCUCCGUGGGGUAUCUGCAGCCCCCCAGCUCCGAGCAGUACCAGAUGACUCAGUCUCCCUCACCGUGCAACCCCCAGCAGAUGCAGCAGCAAUAUUCAGCAGGUGUGCCGCCCCCUGGCCCCGGGGUGAUGGUAAUGCAGCUGAGUGUCCCGAACGGGCCCCAGCCCACCCAGAGCCCCCAGCUGGUCCAGUGGAACCCCUGCAAGUACUACAGCCUGGAGCAGAGGGCCAGCAAGCCUGGAGAACUGUACAAGCCAGAUGCCAGCCCACAGGCCAGUAACCAGCUGAGCAGCCCCCUGGCCUCGCCCACACAGUCCCCCACUCCCUCUCCCUCAGGCAGCGUGAGCAGCGUGUGCCCAGGCCUGGGACCUCUGCCCCUCAUCUCACAUCUCCGGCCUGGCGGGCCUGCACAAGGGGAUGGGCGCUACUCUCUGCUAGGACAGCCCCUGCAGUACAGCCUAUGUCCCCCGCCCCUCAUGCACAGCCAGUCCUCCUACAACUCCCAUCAGGGCCAAGGGGGAAUGAAACCCGGGGCACGGGGAAAGAGACAGACGCUGAAGUCGGCUUCCACAGACCUGGGCACCACCGAUGUGGUGGUGAGCCGCGUGCUGGAGGUGACAGACCUGCCCGAGGGCAUCUCGCGCCCCGAAGCAGAGAAGCUCUUCAACCAGCUGUCGCUGUGCGGCGCCAAGAUCCAGUGGCUGAAGGACGCCCAGACGGGGCGGGGCAGCGCAGGGAGCGGCCCGGCGGCCGGCAUGGCAGGGGGCGGGGCCAAGAACGACGGCAGCGACCCCGCGCACCUCUACACGGUGGUGGCGGUGUUCCCCAGCACCAUGGCCGCACAGAGCGCUUCCUUCAAACUCAACAACAGCGGCGCCAGCCUCUUCAAGCUGAGGGCCGCCAAAAAGAACUAUGACCUGCGCAUUCUGGAGAGGGCGAGCUCCCAGUGAGGAGAGAGGGAGGGGGGAAGAGAGGGAGAGAGAGACAGGCGGAGAAGCCCAAAGGCUGAAGAAGGGACUGGUUCAAAGCCUGGAGAGGGAAAAGAAGACGAGACAAAGAGUCGAAUAAAACGGGAGGAGAUGAUCCCAGACUGGGGACUGGGGACUGGGGACUGGGGACUG